AUGGUCCUUCUUUCGACACACACCAGUGAACAGGAGAGACCCAUGUACCUGGGCUUCACGGGGCUUGCCUGGGGGCUGGGGACUAUCUUGGGUCCGAUACUUGGAGGUGCCUUCACUGAAAGUGCUGCAAGCUGGCGAUGGGCCUUUUAUAUCAAUCUUGUCAUCGGAGGACUGUGCGGCCCUAUAUAUUUAUUCUUACUUCCUUCGUCGAAACCGCGUGACGAGAUCAGGCUUUCGACAGCACUGAAGUCUAUCGACUUUCUCGGAGGCAUCCUCAUUUGCGGACUUUUCACCACCAGCUUCAUUGCCAUAUCUUUCGGCGGAACGAUCUGGGCAUGGGACAACGCCGCCAGCAUCACCCUUUUCGUCCUUGGCGGCUUGUUUACUAUCGCGUUCUUUGCCCAGCAGUCGUUUUGCAUUGGUACAACUCCUGAGAAACGGCUCUUUCCGCUCGUCUUUUUCAAAUCCCCAAUUUUGGUGAUGAUGUUCGUGGCUACAGCUUGCGCAUCUUCAACCAUCCUCGUUCCGGUCUACUUCAUACCCCUUUACUAUCAGUUUGUGAGGUCGGACAACGCCCUAGAUGCUGGGGUCAAUCUGCUGCCUUUCAUCGCCUUCAACGUUGCGUGCGCCCUACUUAAUGGUGCGACCAUGAGCAGGAAGCCAUACUAUAUGCCAUGGUAUGUGUUUGGGGGAGUACUAUGUGUCGUUGGCAACGCUCUUCUCUAUACUGUGGACGAGUAUACCUCGGAUGCCGGCAUCUGGGGUUACGCUAUCAUGGUCGGAGCAGGUAGCGGGGCCUUCAUCCAGCUUGGCUUCACAGUAGUGCAGCACAAAGUUGAAAAGGACUUGAUUCCCGUCGCUGUGGGAUUCUGUACCCUCGCGCAGCUGGCUGGACCAGCCGUGUCGCUGGCUAUAUCCAAUGCUGUUUUCCUGAACAAAACUGCCGAUGGCAUCCUCAUCAUCGCACCGGGCCUUUCGCGAGAAGUCGUUUUGGGCGCAAUUGCGGCAGCAUCAAAUAAUGGGGCUGUGUUGGUCAGCGAAGCCCAACAAGCGGAGGUCAUUCACGUUAUCGUCGAGGCGAUGUCAAGCUGUUACAUCAUCUCGUUGACCGCGGGAGCCGUAACGCGGUGUAUGUCACUCUUCAUGAAGCGUGAGAGGCUUUUCUCAGCAUGA